AUGGCUACCAAACAAGCACAUAAAAGAUUAACAAAAGAAUAUAAAAUGAUGGUGGAAACUCCACCUCCAUACAUUACUGCUAGGCCAAAUGAAUCCAAUAUUUUGGAAUGGCAUUAUAUUAUUAUUGGACCACAAGAUACUCCCUAUGAUGGGGGUCAAUAUCAUGGUACUUUAACGUUCCCAUCGGAUUAUCCCUAUAAGCCACCCGCUAUUCGAAUGAUUACACCCAAUGGCAGAUUUAAGGAGAAUACGAGAUUAUGUCUUUCGAUGAGUGAUUACCAUCCUGAUACUUGGAAUCCUGGCUGGAGUGUAGCUACUAUUUUAAAUGGUCUUUUAAGUUUUAUGACUGGGAAUGAAGAUACUACUGGGAGUGUAAGUACAAGUGAUCAACAAAAGAGAAUAUAUGCUAAGAAAUCUAUGGAUUGGAACACUUAUCAAAGCGCUAGAUUCAGAAUGGUAUUCCCAGAUAUUGUGGAAAGUAAUGAGAUCGAAUUAGCAAGACAUAGGAAAAUGCAAGGUUCAGAUUCUAAUUCUAUUGACGAAUCAUCCAAAAUGAAAAAUAAUAGUAUUGACAGUUUAGUAAGAGCUGCUCAAGAAAAAGUAAUAGAUUUGAAGGACAUUCAAGAUCCUGAAGAUAGGAUACGUGCUAAUGCAGCUAAUGCUAGAUUGAUAGAGGAAAGUAAUAGAGCAGGUGGCAACUUAUUUAGUAAUAACAAAUUGUACAUAGUGGCGGCUGUCUUAUUAUUGUUUUUAGGAAUAUCUAUGAAAUGA